AUGGUGGAAUAUUUUGUCCAACAAAUGCAGUCUGAAUUUGAGAUGAGUAUUGUAGGAAAAUUCACCUACUUUUUUGGUCUACAAAUGAAGCAAAUGGAAGACAACAUAUUUAUUUCUCUAAGAAAGUAUGCAAAGAGUAUAUUGAAGAAGUUUGGGCUUGAAAAGGCAAGUCAUAAGAGAAAUCCUGUUGCCACACAUGUGAAAUUAUCCAUAGGUGAUAAUGGUGUUAAUGUUGAUCAAAGUCUAUACAGAUGCAUGAUUGAUAGUCUACUAUAUCUCACAACAAGCAGACCCGAUAUCUCAUUUUCUAUAGAUUUUUGUACUAGAUAUCAAGCUAAUCCCAAGGCUAGUAAUCUUAUUCAAAUGAAAAGAAUCAUGGAGUACAUAAAUGAGACUUGUGACUAUGAUAUUCUCUAUUUUCAUGAUACUAGCUCAAUACUUGUAUGGUCAUUGAUGUGCAUGAAACAAGAUUGA